AUGCCGUCUGGCAAUUACAACUUUGGCGACGUCUUUCAGAAAAUCUACGUCGCUAAACAGAAACCUCCUCCGAUCCCAGUUCAUGAGAAUAUGAAGGUUGUUCUGCAGAGCUCUCCGCCUCUGGGGCACGUAACCUCAGUUAGAGGCAAAAAUGUCACCCUAACCACUGUUCUCGAGAUACCCAAGUUCCGUGCCAGCGAGUCCUGGGAGGUCUCAGCAUGGCACUCCGUAGACGAUGCAGCCUGGAAGGAUGUGCCACUGUCCUCUGUUCAGGAAGCGUCGGCCCCUCAGACUUUACAAGCACUGGAUGACUCCAUGUCUCGCUUCUAUUUCUCUACAUCCGUUCCAUUUGAGGCUUCGCUCAAGUUUACUCUCAAGUUUCGUCAUAGUCUGGAUGCCGAUUGGAGAUGGAUCCGUGAUGAACAAGGUCUCAAUGAUGGAUUGAUUGUCAACACUCCUGUUGGACUUUUGUCCAACAACUUGUCCAAUCUCAUCCCUAAUAUUAACUCUAAGGAUUGGACAAUUAAAUCACAUAUAAGCCAAUCACCCGGUACUUCACUCUGGUCGCUGGAGGCAGUCAUUGCAUCUGCAAAUGAAGAUGACUCAACUUAUAGGGACAUUCUAAUCGGUACUCCAUUCGGUACCUUUGCGAGGUGGUUCUCUCUUGUCCGGCUGUGGUCGCCGUGGCUUGCCCCUCGACAUGGAAAAUCACAUUUCUCUCUCGAUAAAGAUGGAGUUCUCUGUUGUUUCUUAAGCCCACAAGGCAAAAGUCUCGUGUUUCUUGCUGUUAGCGGUAUCGGUCACGUCUUGCCAGUUUUCCGAAGCGAAUCAGAUGGAAAAGUCCAGGUUCAUGCCCGAAACGAUGGCCUUUCUGAGGAGGCCGCUGUUGUCCUUGUUUCCGAGGGCGAUGAUUUCGAUUGUGCUAUGGCUUCAGUAAUGUACCAUGCUAGAAACCUGGUUUCAGUGAUGAAGCAGACCAACAAGGAAUGGUCUCACGAGCUUUCUGCUUUGGUAGACGACUUCAAACCAGAGUGGCUAGAACACUGGUUUGACGGACUUGGAUUCUGUACAUGGAACGCUCUUGGGCAGAAACUAACAGACCAAAAGAUAUUCAAUGCCCUGGAUAAAUUAGGCGAGCAUGAUAUCCAAGUGUCGAGUCUGAUUAUUGAUGAUAACUGGCAGUCUAUCGACUACCAAGGUCCCAGCCAGUUUCAGUACGGUUGGAAGGAUUUUGAAGCCGAGCCCAAGGCCUUCCCUCAAGGGUUGAAGGCUACUGUAUCACAUAUUCGAAAGAACCACCCACACAUUCAGCACAUCGCUGUGUGGCAUGCACUUCUGGGGUAUUGGGGUGGUAUUGCCCCUAAUGGGAAGCUUGCCGAGACUUACAAGACUAUCGAGGUUACAAGAGAGGAUGCUGACCGUCGCAAUCUUCCCUUGGGCGGCAAAAUGACUGUCAUCGCCCAGGAGGACGUCAACCGAUUUUACAAUGAUUUCUAUAAAUUCCUCUCCGAUGCUGGAGUUGAUGCUGUCAAGACGGAUGCCCAGUUCAUGAUUGAUACAUGGGUCGAAGCUUCUCCUCGUCGAGACCUCAUCAACGCCUAUCUUGAAGCUUGGGCUAUCUCGACUCUGCGUCACUUUAGUGCAAGGGCCAUAUCUUGCAUGUCCCAAUUUCCUCAAGCUCUCUUCCACUCUCAGAUGCCUACGAAUCGACCCACGAUUCUGGUUCGCAACUCGGACGAUUUCUUCCCUGAGAUACCCGCGUCGCACCCAUGGCACGUAUGGACAAACGCACAUAACGCCAUCUUCAUGAGUUAUCUCAACGUGCUUCCUGACUGGGAUAUGUUCCAAACUGUCCACGAGUACUCUGGAUUUCAUGCUGCGGCUAGAUGUAUCAGUGGAGGGCCUAUAUACAUCACUGAUGUUCCCGGCGAACAUGAUAUGGAUCUGAUCGGACAGAUGACUGGUCUCACUCCACAAGGAAAGACUGUUAUUUUCCGGCCCAGCUCCUUGGGUAAGACAGUGGACCCCUAUAUUGGAUAUGACGAUGAUCUGCUUCUGAAAGUAGGAGGCCAUCACAGGGCUUCACAUACGGGAUAUCCUAUCUUGGGGGUCUUCAACGUCUCCUCCAGGCCGCUGACUGAAUUCGUUCCUCUCUCGAGCUUUCCUGGUGUAACUCCGGGUUACUAUGUGGUUCGCGCCCAUAAAACAGGCAAGGUUUCACAGCCAACAACGCUUGAGGGGUCUGGUUCCUUGUUUACAACUUCCUUACCUGUCCGAGGGUUCGAGAUACUCUCUGCGUUUUCACUAACGCCUUUGUCCAGCCUCAAGCACGGCGACGUUUUUGUCGCAAACUUGGGUUUGUUGGGCAAAAUGGCAGGUGUUGCAGCAGUCAUUAUGAACGAUAUCAAACAGGAACGCCACAACAGUCGAGUUGUUAUAGUCACGCGCAUCAAGGCAUUCGGUACACUAGUUGGUAGUGGAAACGUCGAGGCCCGAGUAGUCUAUAGGGUUAGCGAGCAGGAAAAACUUGCAGGAGCGCUGGAGGAGAAAAAUUAA